GCCUCUGGUUCUCAUUGGCCUUCCUCCUCCGCUAUGAGGGUCCUGUUCUCCAUCCUGGGGGUCCUCACCUUGUUAUCCAUAGUUCCUCUGGCCAGGAGCUUCCUUGAGAACCAGGACUGUUUUUCAAGGCACCGCCGCUGCAGGAUGAAGUGCAAAGAUACUGAAUACGCCAUCAGAUACUGCGAGGACUGGACCAUCUGCUGUCGGGUGAAGAAGAAGGAAUUCAGGAAGAAGAAGAUGUGGUGACGUGUUAGGCUCCAUCUUCUCAGAUUCCAGGGAAAGGCACCGGAAGUAAAUACAAGUUCCUUGUGGUGUGAUGAGUAACAGGGACUUCAUGACAAUUUCAUGCUUAGAUAGUCACGUGCACAUAAAUACACGUCUUAUCAUGC